GCAUUGUCCAGUAGGAAGCAGCGAGAGGAGGCGGUCGCUCAUGAACGCAGCACGUGUGAGUGAAGUGGAGGAAUAGAGGUGCAGGAUGCUUCGACGCGAGGUCCGGCUCAGGAAGGAGUACCUGUACAGGAAGGCCCAGGAGGACAGACUGCGCUCCAUCGAGGAGAAGAAAGAGAAACUCAAAUCCGCAUUAGAUGAGAACCGUCUUAUACCCACUGAAGUUCGCAAAGAGGCGUUGCAGCUCCAGAAGCUGUUGGAGUUUGAUGAUGAGGGUGGAGAAGGCGUCAGCUCUCAUAUCGACGAUGAAUACAAGUGGGCCGGUGUGGAAGACCCUAAAAUCAUGGUCACAACUUCCAGAGACCCAAGCUCCAGGCUUAAGAUGUUUGCUAAGGAAGUGAAGCUUAUGUUUCCAGGGGCCCAACGCAUGAACAGAGGAAACCAUGAAGUUAACUCGUUAGUACACGCCUGCAAGGCCAACAGCGUCACUGACCUCAUCAUAGUCCAUGAGACUAGAGGGCAGCCUGACGGUUUGGUCGUGUGCCACCUUCCCUUUGGACCAACAGCAUACUUCACUCUGUACAAUGUAGUAAUGAGACAUGAUGUCCCAGACAUUGGCACCAUGUCCGAGGCCUUCCCUCACCUCAUCUUUCACAACUUCACCUCUCGUCUGGGCAGGCGGGUGUCCAACAUCCUGAAGUACCUGUUUCCUGUACCCAAAGAGGACAGCAGACGUGUUAUGACGUUCGCUAAUAAAGAUGACUUCAUCUCCUUCCGACAUCACACUUACAAGAAGACUGACCACAAGAACAUUGAGCUGACAGAAGUUGGACCCAGAUUUGAAAUGAAAUUGUACAUGAUCAAGCUGGGCACUCUGGAGAACGAGAACACAGCGGAUGUGGAGUGGCGCCACCAUGCGUACACGCGCACGGCCAAAAAGAGGAAGUUUUUAAGUGUGGAGUAGCAACACGUCACUGUGGAUAUUGUGUGCAAAGCCUUUGUGGCUUGUUCACAUUGCUUCUCACAGAAUUUUCUCAGUGAGAAUAGAGUGGGAGGAAAUCUAAUGUUCAUUUUUAUCAAAGCAAAUUAUCCAGACUCAUGUGCCACAUAAUACAUACUGAUUUUCAGCCUGUCGUACCAGUGCAGUGGGUCUUAUUCCUAAUCCAACAGUGUUCCUGACUCAGCUCAGAAUAUCCAGUGAGUUGAAGUAGGGAAACUCACAGUUGUGCAGUGCAUUUGGUCCCCUGGUGCUGAAACACUGUCUUUUUUGGUGAAUGCUGUACAUAAAGGGUAUGUAGGUUACUGACCUGAUUGAGGUCUGUGCUACUCAGACACACCUUUAGUAUUUAUUCAUGUUCUCUGAUGUUCCUCUGUGUGUUCCUCAUGAUUUUGAUGGCGUAAACUUGCCGACCGAUGCUUGGUGGAGUAAUGUUAUGCUCAGUUUUGUACCAAACUGUUGAAUAUCUCCAGUUACAUUAAAUUCAAAGUUUUGAUCACA